AUGAAGCUCAUGAGAUUUUUGAUGAAAUUGAGUCAUGAAACUAUAACUAUUGAAUUGAAGAAUGGAACACAGAUCCAUGGAACAAUUACAGAUGUAGAUGUCAGCAUGAAUACACAUCUUAAAGCUGUGAAAAUGACCCUGAAGAACAGAGAACCUGUACAACUAGAAACAUUGAGUAUUCGGGGAAAUAAUAUUCGAUACUUUAUUCUACCAGACAGCUUACCUCUGGAUACAUUACUUGUGGAUGUUGAACCUAAGGUGAAAUCUAAGAAAAGGGAAGCUGUUGCAGGAAGAGGCCGAGGCCAAGGUAGAGGAGGAGGACGCAGCCAUGGAAGAGGAAAAGGGGGCCCUAGGCGAUAA